CCCCCAAUCUCAUCUUCAUCUUCUUCUUCUCUCACUCUCAAUGUGAGCUCUGACUGUGUGCGUUUCAGGCGGACGUUGAGACCGAUGUUGCGGCGGCCGGAGUCCCAAAGAAAAGAACGUUCAAGAAGUUCAGCUUCAGAGGCGUCGAUCUGGAUGCUUUGCUCGACAUGUCAACUGACGAACUCGUCAAGCUCUUCCCUGCUCGAGCUCGCAGAAGGUUCCAGAGAGGUCUGAAGCGCAAGCCCAUGGCUUUGAUCAAGAAGCUUCGCAAAGCGAAACGGGAGGCCCCACCUGGUGAGAAGCCGGAGCCAGUUCGUACCCAUCUGCGUAAUAUGAUUAUAGUACCAGAGAUGAUUGGAAGCAUUAUUGGUGUUUACAAUGGGAAGACCUUCAAUCAGGUUGAAAUCAAGCCUGAGAUGAUUAGUCACUACCUUGCUGAGUUCUCAAUUUCAUACAAGCCUGUGAAGCACGGUAGACCUGGUAUCGGUGCCACCCACUCUUCAAGGUUCAUUCCUCUCAAGUGAGAUCUGUGCCAGCAGCAGUCUAGAUAUCUGGGUUGUUUUAUUGUCUUAUUUUCAUAGGACUGGAUGGUGAUGAGAUUUUUGUUAUGUUCUCUCAAUUUUCCUUUUAUGCUGUGACUUCUGAUGCUGGUUACUAUAUAUGAAGUUGAUUUUCAUUUUAGAUUCUAUAGCAAACACUUUAUUAUCAUAUUUAUAUUGGUAGUUUAGUACGAAACAAGGUAUUAGCAUGGUUUUGUAUUAUGAUAUCUCCGCGUGCUCGCU